AUGGCUCCCAACUCUCUACUAUAUACCGUAUUUUCCUCUCUCACUGUUGCUCUAGCGGCGUCCAUUCCCCGGACUGAGUAUGAGGUGAUGGUCAUCGGAGGAGGCCCUGCAGGCCUCAGUGUCGCCAGUGGUCUGUCGCGGAUCCGACGCAAGAACGUCCUGUUUGAUUCGGGCGAGUACCGCAAUGGUCCCACCAGGAACAUGCACGAUGUGAUAGGCAACGACGGAGCCGUCCCCAGCGCAUUCCGCGGCCUCGCCCGAGAGCAAAUCUCUCACUACAACCAAACCACCUUCAUCGACAAGAAAGUCGACACCGUCACCAUUGUCACCGAUGAACACAGCAACAGCACCUACUUCAGCGCCUCGGUGGCCGGCGCCUCCUAUACCGCCCGCAAGCUCAUCCUCGGCACUGGCAUGAAGGAUAUCCUGCCCGACACACCGGGCCUGGAAGAAGCCUGGGGCAUGGGCGUGUACUGGUGUCCCUGGUGCGACGGCUGGGAGCACCGCGACCAGCCCUUUGGCAUCCUGGGCCCGCUACCCGAAGUCGUCGGCGCCGUGCUGGAAGUCUACACGCUCAACACGGAUAUCAUCGCCUUCGUCAACGGCACCCAGACGCCCGAGAACGAGGCUAAGGUGACGGCGAAGUAUCCCAGCUGGGAGAAACAGCUGCAGGCGUACAACAUCCGGAUUGACAACGGCUCCAUCGCCUCGUUUGAGCGUCUGCAGGAUGGCGCGGCCCCAGCGAACCGCGACGACGAGGACUGCCAGUUCGAUAUCUUCAAAGUUAACAUGGCGAGCGGCGCCUCGGUCGAGCGCAGUGCGUUCAUCACCAACUUCCCUUCGGAGCAGCGCUCAAGCAUCCCCCAUGACCUAGGACUGGAGAUGCAAAGCGGCAAGAUCGCCACGAAUAUCAAUGGCAUGCGGACUAGUCUGCCGGGUGUGUUUGCUGUCGGCGAUGCCAACAGUGACAACAGCACCAAUGUGCCACAUGCCAUGUUCAGUGGAAAGAGAGCGGCUGUUUACGUUCACGUCGAAAUGGCUCGUGAAGAAUCCCAGGCGGCCAUCUCCAAGCGCACACUACCCUCGCGACAGGCCAUGGAGAAGGAAGCAGAGAGACGCAUGGGCGGCGACUUGGAACAGUUGUGGGAUCGUGUCCGUCGAGUAUGA